AUGUCGCGAGAGCGCAGUCGAACACCUGCACAGGAAGCGAUCCUGGUGCGGGUGUGCAGCAUUUCGGGAUGCUGCGUCUUGGAGCGUCACUUUGAUCCACUCCAGUCCCUUGAAGCCGUGAAGUCCGCGCUGCGGGAGCAGGAGUUGAACCUCCUGCAGCUGCGGCUUUUUCAAGAUGCCAAAGAGUUAAAGGAGGACUGCUGCCUGCAAGCGUUGUGCGAGCGAGGCGCGCGGCUUCAGCUCACCUUGGUGAAGGUCACGGCAGCUUUGGCCGUCACGGCUCAUUACAAUGGAUCUUUGCAGCUCUGGGACUUGGACGGCCGGUGCCUUCGCACCAUGGGGUCGUCAGGUCCAGGCGAAGCCAAAGAGCUUCAAGUCACCGGUUUGGAGGUCGAUUGGUCCACCCGUCGAGCCUUAACAGGUGACCUCUACCAUGAGGUGCGAUUGUGGAACUUGGAGGAGGGGCGGUGUGUGCAUCGUAUGCCUGGCCAUGGCGACAUGAUCCGUGGAGUGGCAGUGGACUGGAGCAAAGACCUGGCUGUCACCCACGACGCCGCGGGCGUGUGGAUUUGCUGGGACCUUCAGAGCGGAGAGCAAAUGUACCAGCGUUUGGCACAUCAAGGUGGUGUUCAUGAUGUGGAGGCCGACUGGGAAAGGCUUCGCUUCGUCACCAUGGGUGGCGAUGCCAUUAAGACCUGGGUAAAGGGCCAGGAGCUUUGGUCCCACUCUUUGCACGGAAUCUCCAGUCUCGAACAUCUCGUGGAUUGCGGUUUGGAAGCCGACUGGGACACGGACCGUUUAGCAGCUUGCUGGAGCAUGGCGGUGCAUCUCUGGAACCUGGCCACCGGACAACUACUGUGGGUCUUUCGUCACCACCUAGAUGAUAUUUCAGGCUUCUGUGUGAACUGGGAGAAGCAGCAGAGUGCCUCUUGGGGAGAAGAUGGAUUGCUCCUUCUUUGGGACCUUGAAACUGGGAAACUGCUCGAGAAGAUGCCGCAUCAGCAGGCGAUCACCGAGACCACCUGUCAUUGGGAAGGUUCCCUCCGGUGUUUGAGCUCUAGCGAGUCGGUGCUUUGGCUCUGGCAGGAUGAAGGUGCCGGACAUCGCGUGGGUCAUAUGCUCACGGGGCACCGGGAUCACAUUUGCAAGGCUGAGGCCUGUUGGGAUCAAGACCGGGCCUUGAGCUGGAGUGACGAUGCCACCUUGCGGCUUUGGGACUUGAGGCUAGCAUUGUCGGUCGUUUACUUCUUAUACUUAUCAGUGCGUUGGGGCUGCACGCCAGAGUGCGACUUGGGCAUUGUGUGCUUGUUGAGCGGUGAGGUCUUGACCACCUCCAUCGAUGCGGGCGUGAGCAUCGAAGACUUGCGUUUCGAAAUCCAACGUCAAAUCGGCUCGGCCUAUGUCCAUCUCACCAGCGGAGAUGGGGUGAAGCUUCGGGGAGCGAUCCCUUUGAGUGAGGCGGGUCUCAAGGAUGGGGACCAGAUCUAUGUGGUGGUGCCAGGCCACGUGCGUGUGAAGGCCCACAAAUUUGGAAUGGGCUUUGCAGCCAUCAAGCCAGAUGGGAGUGUGCAAGUUUGGGGCUUUCCACAUUAUUGCACCCUCUUCACGAAGACUAAAGAGAAGCUGAAAGAUGUGCAGGAGGUGUUUUGUACGGAGACGGCCUUUGCUUUUUUAUUGGGAGAUGGCAAAGUCAUUAUCACAGGCGACGACUUUGGCGGCGGAAGCUUCACUUGUCGAGACAUGAAUGAUAUCGGCCGCCCAGAUCAAAUGAACCUGGAAGAGCAGCUGGUGGAUUUGGUCACCAUCGAAGCCAAUUCUGCAGCCUUCGCAGCGCUCAGAGCAGAUGGGAAGGUCAUUGGGUGGGGUAAUCCUCGCAGUGGGGGGGGCUUGUACAGUGACUCUCUUCAAAGCGAGCUGGUCGGCAUACGAAAAGUCUUCGCCUCGAAAGAUGCCUUUGCAGCGAUCAAAGAGGAUGGCUCAGUGGUGUGCUGGGGAGAUCCGGAUGGUGGAGGUCACAUCACGCCUAAGGUUAAAAGCCAAUUGCAAGGUGUCAAGCACAUCGUCGCCUCCGUCAGUGCUUUCGCUGCCAUCCGCCAAGAUGGUGAGGUGGUUACCUGGGGAGACCCUGAUGCUGGCGGUAACAGUGAGAUCGUGCAAGCAAAGUUGAGGAAGGUCAAGCGUGUCUAUACCUCCAAGUUUGCUUUCGCAGCAGUCAGAGAAGAUGGGACAGUCGUAACUUGGGGUCCUGCAGAACAUGGAGGGGACAGCAGCAGCGUGGAAUCAAAUCUGACUGGGGUGCAUCACAUUGAGGCAUCGAAAAGUGCCUUCGCAGCCAUCAGCGUGCAAGCGAAUGUUGAUGCCUCCAAGGGUGUCCAAGUUCAGCUCAGGAGCAGAGUUGUAACCUGGGGUGAUCCAAUGCAUGGCGGGGACAGCAAUGCUGUGAGUGACAGGCUGAUUGAUGUGAUCGAGAUCCGAGCGACCAAGCAUGCCUUCGCCGCCCUAAGAUCGGAUGGGCAAGUGGUGGUCUGGGGUCAUCCUGUGUAUGGUGGAGAUGCCAGCGCAGUUCAGGACCAGCUGGUGAAGGUCGAGACGCUGUAUUCCAGCCAAUCCUCAUUCGCAGCCUUGCGGUCUGAUGGUCGAGUCGUCACCUGGGGCCACCAAGAUGACAUGUGUGACGAUCCCGAUCUGCAAAAGCGGCUGGUAGAUGUUGAGUAUGUCUCGGCCUCGAAGCUGGCGUUGGCCGCGGUGCGGAAGGAUGGCACCAUCGUCACGUGGGGAAGUCCAGAUCAUGGAGGACACCUGGAGGAAUGA